AACAUCAGUGUUAACGUGUUUGGCUACGAAAAUGGGGAAGUUGUUGGUCCUUACUACCUUACCAAAAAGAAUAAGCAUCAUCAUAUCAACUUGUUGUUAUUACAUAAUGGAGAACAAUUUCAUUACAUACAUAUUUUAGAUAUGUCACGGUUAUUGAGAAACCAGCUAACAAAACAUAUGAAUGCAACUCAUAUUUGUGAUGGAUGCCUACAACAUUUUACCACACAUAAAAUCCUUGAAGGACACAAGAAGGAAUGCGGAGGUGUUGUGACAAUUUUACCCGAAAAGGACAACAGCACAUUGAAAUUUAAAAAUUUUCAUAAAAAGGAGAGAGUGCCCUUUGUUGUAUAUGCUGAUGCAGAAAGUAUUUUGGAGGACGUUAGUUGGGGUACCAUUAACGGGAAAAAAACGGUAACGGUAAAAAAACAUAUACCAUGUGCAUUUAGUUAUAGUAUACAUUGUAGUUUAGAUAAUAAUUUAAAUAAGUUCAAAUCUUUUAGUGGUCCCAAUGCAGCCAAUGACUUCUUAGAAAAUCUUAUUAAAGAUUCUAAAUAUAUUUAUAAUAAUUAUUUAACGAAGACUAGACCAAUGAAUCGUUUGACACCCUUAGAAUUAGAGGACUUUGAUAGCAGUAGACUAUGUCACAUAUGUGAAAAAGAGUUAGGAAAUGAUAGAGUUAAAGACCAUUGCCAUUUAACAGGUAAAUAUCGAGGGGCUGCACACAAUAGUUGCAAUUUAGAAUAUCGUGUUGCCCGUUUUGUCCCAAUUCUUUUUCAUAAUUUCUCAUCAUACGACUGUCAUCUUUUCAUCAAAGAGUUAGUCAGAUUUGGAGGUGAUAUCAGCGUUAUUCCUCUAAAUAAAGAAAAAUACGUGUCCAUGUCAUAUUUUGUUAAAACGAAAGAGUUCGCAAGCACUUUAGAUGACAAUUCUAUUCAUUCUGAAAAAAGAGAGAAAAAUGCACCUAACCUAGAAUUAAGAUUCUUAGACAGUUUUAGGUUUAUGUCAGCAAGUUUGGAUAGUUUAGCGAAAAAUCUUCCGCCCUCUGAAUUUAAGGCAGUGAGAACACAAUUUCCAAAUGAUGCCGACUUUAACCUUAUGACUAGAAAGGGUGUUUUUCCGUAUGAAUAUAUAUCUUCUUUCAACAAAUUAUUAGAAAAUCAAUUGCCCUCCAGAGAAGAAUUUCAUAAUAAGUUGACAGAUAGUGAGUGUUCAUUAGAGGACUAUGAACAUGCAUUGCGUGUUUGGAACCACUUUAAUUGUCAGACUCUUAAAGAUUAUUUAGAAUUGUAUCUAAAAACAGAUGUUUUGCUUUUGGCUGACAUAUUCGAAAAUUUCCGUGAUCUAUGCAUACGAGUUCAUAAACUUGAUCCAUGCCAAUAUAUAACAGCUCCUUCACUGUCUUGGGAUGCCAUGCUGCUUUGUACUGGGGUUGAACUUGAGCUUUUUACAGACAUUAAUAUGUAUAAUUUUUGUAAAAAUGGUAUUAGAGGAGGGCUAACUCAAUGUUCAACUAGACACUCUGUCGCCAAUAACCCUAGUAUGUCAAAUUAUGAUCAGAGUAAACCUGACGUUAAUAUUUACUACUUAGAUGUUAAUAAUUUGUAUGGAAUGGCUAUGACUCAAUAUCUCCCAAUAAAGGAUUUUAAGUGGGUAGAAGAGGAAGAACUGGAAAAGUUUAAUGACAUUAAUAAAAUAUUAUCAAUUCCGGAUGAUUCUCCAACUGGUUUCAUUUUCGAUGUAGAAAUCGAAUAUCCAGCCAAUCUUCAUGAUAUACAUAAUGAUUUACCCUUUUGCCCUGAAAACAAAUGUAUUGGGGGAUCCAAGACCAAAAAACUAAUUGCAGAUUUUUCAGACAAAAAGUCUUACACCAUUCAUUAUAGAGUUUUAAAGCAGUGUUUGAAACAUAACUUAAUACUUAAAAAAGUAAAUAGAUGUUUAUCAUUCACUCAAUCUAAUUGGCUGGAAAAAUAUAUUAUGAAAAAUAAUAAUCUUCGAGCCAAAGCUACAAAUGCUUUUGAAAAAGAUUUAUACAAAUUAUUCAAUAAUUCAGUUUACGGAAAAACAAUGGAAAAUGUUGACAAAAGGAAAAUUGUUCAGAUUAGAACUCAUUGGGAGUCACAUGGAAAACGAUUGGGUGCUAGAGAUUUUAUUUCAAAACCAAAUUUCCAUAGUUUAUCACAAUUUUCGGAAGAUAUGGUGGCGAUUGAAAUGAAUAAGGUCAAAGUAAAGUAUGAUAAACCCAUUUAUUUAGGAUUCUGCGUUUUAGAGAUAUCCAAAUGGGUGAUGUAUGAUUUCCUAUACGACUUUUUAAAAGUAAAGUUUGGAAAUGAUUUCAUACUGAACUAUAUGGAUACCGAUUCGUUUAUAUUAACAUUUUUUGGUCGAGACCUUUAUCGAGAACUAACACUAGACGACAUAAAGGCACGAUUCGAUACAUCUGAUUUCUCUCCAUCUAACGUUUAUAAACUACCGCUUCUUAAUAAAAAGGUUAUAGGUAUGAUGAAAGAUGAGAACGCAGGUAAAACUAUGACUGAGUUUGUCGGUCUUCGACCAAAAAUGUAUGCCAUUAAAGUGAGUGAUAGCGAAGAAGUAAAAAAAUCUAAGGGUGUCAAAAAAUGUGUAUUAAAGAAAUAUACAAUUGAUACGUACAGAGAUUGUCUGUAUAAUAAACAAAAUUAUUUUAAUAGCAUGUACACAUUUAGAUCAAGGAAACAUGAUGUAUAUACAGAUAGGAUAACCAAAGUUUGUCUUAGUUUUCAAGAUGACAAACGGUUUAUUAGGGAAGAUGGUAUACAUACGUAUGCUUGGGGACACUACAGGAUUAACGAGGACUUUACAGAUCUAAGCAAUUUACAUUCAACAAUCCCAAUGGAUGUAGAUUUGGACCUCAAUGAAUUACAAAAUUCAAACUUAGGUACAAUAGAUGAGGUUUUAGACUUUGCUAGUAACAAUGGGAAUACAUCUCCCAUGAAUGUAGAAAAUAUAUUACCAAAUUUUGGCGCAUUAAACUCAUUAGACUUAGCACAUAUACCACUAUUAGAUUUGAAUUUAAAUAUUAAUGAUAUACAUAACAUAGAAUUACCUUCGCCAAUAGAAGAACAAUCUAUUUUUAAUAUGCUAAAUUAA